AUCUUGAAACUCAAUGUAUAUAUCUAUGUAAACAUCGCAUCAGAAUCGUAGUAUCCUCAAAUCAUCAAUCAAUCGUCAAUGAACGUCAAUGGUCAAUAUUGUUGACUUGGUUAUAAAUACAUCACGAGAUGUCUGAUGAAGAAGUAAUUCGCCGGAGAUUGCUUAUAGACGGCGAUGGGACAGGAGAUGACCGUAGAAUCAAUAUGCUGUUAAAAUCAUUCAUAAAGUGGAUUAAUAGUUCUGAUGUAGAUAAUACAUUACACGAAAGAAUGUUAUCGCAAUUGGCACAAUGCGAAUUUGCACAGAAAAAAUCCAGAUUAGUCUCAAAUAUGAGUCGAGAAGAAUUAGACAGCUAUGAAAAGCUGUCCAAAGAAAUCGAAAUACAAAUAGAAGAAGCCAAAGAAGACAUAGAAAAAACUAAGAUAGAAUUGCAAGAAGCCAAACGUGUGAGAAAGAAUAGAAUAGAAUACGAUGUAUUAGCAAAAGUCAUCAAUGAACAACCAGAUCGGUUGGAAACAGACAUCAAGCUUGCCACAUUACAGCAAGAAUUAGCCACUUUAAAGGACAAAUCAGAGCAAUUGGAGCACAAGUUAGAAAUGCGUCGUAAACAAUUUCAUGUUUUAAUAUCAUCGAUACAUUCUUUACAAGGAAUGUUAGAUAAAUGUGAUGAAGAAAUAAUUGAUAUGAGCCUUGAGAAUGAUACAGAAGAUACAAAUGUGCAAAUGCAGGACAGUCCAUAAUUAAAUUUAUUCUAGAAAUAAUUUAAAAUAAGUGAUAA